AUGCCUUAUAUUCCGUUUUUUAAGAAGCACGCCAACCGUUCCGAAUUCUAUGGACCCGAUGAAGAUAUUCCCGUCUUUGUGGCUAUCUUGAUGGGUGUCCAACAUUUCUUGGGCUGUGUCGGUGGCCUUAUCACGCCUACGCUUUUGAUUUCCGGCACAGGUGCCACUGCGCUUAAUCUGGACGCAGAAACCCGCUCAUAUAUGAUUGCUGCAUCUUUUAUUGUAUCCGGUAUCACUAGUUUGGUCUAUACCUCACGAUUCCGAGUACCACGCACCCGGUAUUACGUCGGUGUUGGUUUAUUAGAAGUCGCUGGUGUUGCCUUUUCUGCUCUUCCUGCUGCUCAAGCUAUGGUUGAAAACAUGUAUAUCGAUGGUACCUGUCAAACCGAAACCCUUUCCGACGGUACGAUCAACUACCUGCCAUGCCCCGACGGUUUUGGUGCCAUUCUCGGCACACAGAUCAUCGGCUCUAUCCUUUCUAUCAUUUUCAGUUUCGUCUCACCUCGUAUUCUUAAGCGUUUGUUCCCCAAAAUUGUCACCGGCAUUGUGCUUUUCUGUAUCGGCGCCAAAUUGAUUACGAGCAGUAUGAAGAAUUGGGCUGGUGGCUCUGGUCCCUGCAUGCAAAUGCCCGAUGACGGCUUAUUUGCCCUCUGUCCCAACAUUAACGCGCCGAACCCACAGCCAUGGGGUGGUCCGGUGAACUUUGCCCUUGGUGCUUCCGUCUUCUUCACUAUUCUUCUUAUUGAAUUGCUCGGAUCGGUCUUUUUAAAGAACGUCUCGGUUGUUAUUGGUUUGAUUGUCGGCUGUAUUAUUGCUGCCGGUAUUGGCAUGUUUGAUAGUUCCUCUAUUGAUGCCGCUCCCGCAGGAACCUUUUUGUGGGUCAAGACAUUCAAAUUGUCGAUUUAUGGUCCCGGUGUCAUCCCCGUUCUGUUCUCACAGCUGGCUAUCAUUAUCGACAGUAUUGGUGAGAUCACGGCUGUAUGUGAUGUUUCCCAAAAGGCGAUUGAGGGUGACGAAUUCCAAUCGCGUAUCCAGGGCGGUUUGUUGACGGAUGGUCUUCUUGGUAUCUUCUCCGGUUUGGGAACCACUAUGAGCACUGUCUUGUUUACGCAAAACAACGGUAUCAUUGCUGUAACUCGCUGUGCAAGUCGUAUUGCUGGCUUUGUAUGCGCUGGUAUUCUCAUAUUGUGCGGUAUUCUCGGCAAAUUCUCAGCCACAUUUUUGGCGAUUCCAGAGCCUCUUAUUGGUGGUAUGACGGUGUAUUUGUUUGCUUCAGUCGCCACAUCUGGAUUGAGAAUCCUCGCAUAUUUGGAAUGGACGCGUCGAGAUCGUGUGAUUAUCGCUUCCUCGCUAGCCAUCGGUUUGGGUGUUUUGCUUGUUCCUAACUGGUUCAAGUUCGUCCUACCUACUGUGGAAAAUGCUGCUUUGAACGGUUUUUACAGCGCUAUCCGAACUGUAGUUUCUACUAGCAACAUUAUCGGUGGUAUCAUGGCUGUCCUUCUUAACUUGAUUCUACCUUAUGAAGAAGAGGAGAGUGCGGAUCAAACAUCAUCGGCAGAGUCAGAAGCUAAACCCAUGGGCGGUGCACAUCGCAUGUAUUACGAUGAGGAGCAACAGCAGCAGCAAGAAGCAAUUACCCAGAAGAACUAA